GGGUGGGGUCGGACGUCCUGGCGGAAAAGCAGGAAAAGGCCACUUGUCACAUGAAAGACUUCAAGGCCUCACUCAAGACGAUCUUCGACGAGCUUUUGACAGAGUUUAGCGCCAAAGGAGUUGAUUGCAAAGAGUUUCUUGAUAUGAAGGAGAAUGACGAUUCGGGUACUUCUUCUUCCGCUGCUGCUAAACACGACUGAGAUAACUGCGACGAGAACCAAAGCCGCACACUCCGUGGCGCGCAGUUUCAGAGCCUCUCACUUGAUACUUCAACGGUCCAAGUCAUGGCGACUCCCUCCCCUCUUCCCCAAGCCCGGCACCUUCAGCUUCCACCACGGCCAAAUCUACCAAACCACUGACCCCACCAUCCUCCACCUCGCCGGAACCCUAACCCUAACCGGCCCCUAUCCCCCUCUCGCCGUCCGCAGCAACUCCUCUGGCCUCAUCCGGCCCCUCCGCGCCGUGUUCCAGCUCGCCGGGUUCUGGUCGGAGGCCUCCGGAGCGCUCUGCAUGGUCGGGAACGGCGUCCUCCGACCCCUGCCCGACGGCGCCCCCGAUUACCUCCCCGCCGUUCUCAAGCUUGGUUACCCGAAAUCGUCGAACAUCUCCACCUCUGUCAUCACAGGUACCCUCGAAAUCCUAUCCGCCGCCAGUGAAUUGAACCAUUUCGAUCGAAUUUCACUUGUAGCUUACACCCAGAACAUGUAUAACUACACUUUAAUUCGUAAGGCAAAUGAGUCUUGUACUAAUCUUCGUCGAUUUAAAGAAGAAGAAGAACCACUAGUGCUCGAUCGCGACUCCCUCUGUUCUACUCUCUACAGUUUUCUGAGUUUUGGCUCAUUCAAGUUGAACUACAAAAAAUUCUCUGCUAUGUCGCUGAUUCUUAGCAGCUGCUCUGACGAUGAUGAUCGGUUUCACGUAUUCGUAGAGUUCUCGGAUUCGGAUGAUUACAACUACCGCACAACCACAGCUUUGGUUCCGGGGAAAUCGAUGGUUGGUGAGGGCUUCUGGGACCAUAAGACAAAUCGGUUGUGCCUCUUGGCUUGUCCUGUGCUAUCGGAUACUUCUAUUGGGGAUUGCUAUGUUGGUCUUAGCUUUUGGUUCCCUUCGUAUUUGUCGAUCAAGACGAGGAGCUUGGUUCUUGGGCGGAUGUGGAGUAACAAGGAGGAGGAUGAUGAAUCCUACUUUGAACCAAUCAUGCUCAAGAGUGCAGGGCAUCAUCUUUGGGAUGAACCCCCGAAAUUGAAGUACAAGUAUACCAAAUUGGACAAAGUGAAGAAGUAUUUCAAGUUGAACAGCGCAAGUGUUGUAGCAGGGGAGAAGAGAUACCCCGACGGCAGGAUUGCUAAUGACAUGCGUUUCAGUUUCUCAUUUCAAGAUCCUAAGGGUGAGGGUGGAUGGGGGCAUGCCUAUCUGCUCUCGCGCGGUGAGACUGACUUUGGCGAUCGGACUAUCUACUGGAAUGGUGAGGUCCCUGUAGAAAAUCCGACACAUGCUGAAAUGAAUCGUACUCUCUUGAAUGUAACCUAUACGGUAAGUAUGCAAAUUUGGAACUCAACUGGCGAGUCUAGGAACUCGGUAGAGUCUAUAAUCUCCGCAGAAGGAUUGUAUAGUUCUUCAACGGGUCAGCUUUACUUGAUAGGAUGUGGAAAUCCGGGUUUGUCGGGUACUAGAAAAGAAGUUAAGAACAGUACUGAAUCUAUGGACUGCGAGAUUUUCAUCAACAUGCAGCUCUCUCCUUUAAAUUCUGAAAGGAAUGGAGAGGCCAACGGUACGAUUAUGAGCACAAGAGACAAAUCUGAUGCCCUCUACUUUGAGCCCCUCAAGAUCGCAUCGAACAUCAUGUACACUGUUCAAGCGCAGGAGGCAAUACGAAGAAUGCAAAUCGAGGUCGCAAUGGUGGUGAUCUCUCUCACCCUCUAUUGCAUCUUCACUUGUUUGCAGAUCUACCAUGCCAAGAAGAAUCGAGAUAUCAGUCCCUCCAUAUCAACAACAAUGCUGUUGAUUCUUACUCUUGGCCACAUGAUCCCCUUAAUACUAAACAUCGAGGCCUUGUUCUUUGCAAACCGGAACCGGCGGCGCAUCUUUUUCCACAGCGGCCAUUGGAUUGACGCAGGUAAGGUUAUCGUCCGUCUCACCACCAUGGUAGCUCUCAUUCUUCAGCUCCGCCUGCUCCAAGUUGCAUGGACCGCACGAUCAUCAUCGGUCGGCCAGAAAAAGUCCUUGUGGGCCACGGAAGGAAAAACUCUAUUAGCGUGCCUCCCUUUAUACAUUAUCGGCACCGUGAUAGCUUGGUUUGUUCGCUCCACUCAGCAGCCCCUCUGGAAGGAUCUUAUCGCCUACGCAGGAUUAAUACUAGAUGGUUUUCUUCUUCCCCAAAUCAUCUUCAAUCUAUUCUCUAACUCAAACAAUAAGGCUUUAACUCCUUUCUUCUAUGUUGGUAUAACGGUCGUUCGAUCGAUGCCUCACCUCUACGAUGCAUUUAGAGCUCGACAUUACUUUCCGCAAUUGAUGUCCUCUUACAUAUACGCGAAACCUGAAGGGGAUUUCUAUUCUACUUUGUGGGAUAUCAUCGUUCCUUGCGAAGGAUUACUCUUUGCCGCUCUUGUAUAUCUGCAGCAGCGGUUUGGCGGCCGGUGCUUUGUUCCCAUGAGGUUUAGAGAGGGUGCUGGGUACGAAAGAGUCGCUGUGGUUAGUUCUUAGUGAUCUCAGAUCCUUUUGUGCAAUAAGAUGUGCGCGUUAGCGUGCCUGUUCGCUUGAGUGCCUUAUAGAGCACAUAUAUGUGAAUGUAAACCUAUCUUUACGUACUGGAGCUCUCUGUGUGAUGUUGUGAUUGUAUGUAUUUCUACAUAUUAGUGAAAUGUGCUUUUGUUAAGUUUAUAUA